AUGUUAGCCGUACAUGCUCACAUUAGAUCCCUACACGGUGAUCUACAAUUGACCUUGCAUACGCUCAGGCAGCGUUUUUGGAUCUUAAGAGCGCGUCCUCUGGUUAAAGGCUUAAUCAAGGAUUGCUUCGAAUGUGCGCGAGAAAGAGCGACUCUUUCCCAGCAACUAAUGGGGAACUUACCUGAUUUUAGAGAAAGUCCUAAUCGUCCCUUCAAGUAUACAGGGGUAGAUUAUGCAGGCCCCUUUAUUGUACGCUUUGCUACUGGACGUGGUAACAAAAGUUAUAAAACUCAGGUAGCACUUUUUGUUUGUUGCUGCACGCGUGUCGUACAUUUAGAGUUCGUGUCUGACUGUACGUCUGCUACCUUUCUUGCCGCCUUCCAGCGAUUCGCUUCUAGGGGAGGAAGAUGUGCUCACUUGUAUAGUGACAAUGCCACGACAUUUCAUAGAGCUGAUGAAGAAUUAAAAGAUUUAAUUUUGAAACUCAGGCUUGAUAGUAAUUUGCAUAAUGAAUUCGCUAGCGACGGCACCUCGUGGCAUUCCAUACCUCCAUCUGCACCUUAUUUCGGAGGAUCAUGGGAAGCUGGUGUUAAAAGUUUUAAACACCAUCUAAAGCGAAUUAUUUGCGCUCACACUCUAAUUUACGAAGAGUUUUCUACUCUCCUAAUGCGAAUUGAAAUGUGCCUAAAUUCCCGACCACUUCCCAAUGAUCCAGAAGACUUCGCUUAUCUCACACCUAGACAUUUUUCAAUUGGGGCUCCUUUGACCAGUAUUACUGAACCAUCCGUAUAA